GUGACUGAGGACGUGGUUAAUAAGCUUAUAAAUGACAAGGUGACAGUUUUACACGGUGCUCAUUGACUCUAGCUUCAAGUUUGUCUCCUGGCCCUUGUGUAUUAAAUAGGCUUCAGACAUGUACGCCUGUGCCAAGUUUGUCACUGUCUCUUCUGUGCUCCGUGAAGGUUCCAGAGUACUGGCUCGGCCUGUCGCCGUGUCCAUCUUCAACAGACCUGAAGCCAAAACUGAGCAGGCAGCCCUCUUGCCUGUGAAAGAGGCAUCUUUUCUGAACAUGAGCCGAAGCUUUCAGACCAGUGCUGUUUCUAGAGACAUCGACACAGCAGCCAAGUUCAUCGGUGCUGGUGCUGCUACAGUGGGAGUUGCUGGAUCAGGAGCUGGAAUUGGGACAGUGUUUGGUAGCCUCAUCAUUGGCUAUGCCAGGAAUCCUUCCCUGAAACAACAACUUUUCUCUUAUGCCAUCUUGGGUUUUGCCCUAUCUGAGGCCAUGGGGCUUUUCUGUUUGAUGGUGGCGUUCCUUAUCCUGUUUGCCAUGUAAUUUAGACCUCUGUCCACCUGUUAUUUGCCAUGACAGUCCAUCCAGGGAUCAGAAUCUGAAGCACAUCUCACAAGGCUGUGGCCAUGCCAUUCCAACAAACUUCUAGAAAUAUCUUGUCUGUUUCUCCCUUUCCUUCCCUCCAUGAGGUUUUUAUGUAAUUUCUCACUACAUUUUUGGGACAGUCUGUCUGAAUAAAUGGGUGGGAUAACUUUA